AUGAUGGCAGAUAGAAGCAGUGGUGAGUCGUACAAAUUUUCGCUCAAACAGUCAAGCUUGCUCCGCAAGUUUUCCAGCUCAAAAAGUGUCAAUUAUGAAGAAAAAAAGAAGCCUACUAAACCUAUCUUCUUAAUAGCAGGAUUCAUUUUAGUACUGAUAUUCCCCAUCUCAGGUUGUAUGACUUACUGUAUCAUGAAAAAUAAGGACAAUGAACCCGAAGUGUAUAGAUGGGCCUUUAGGGCUUUGGCUAUGGGUUCAGCUUUAAGUGUAAUUUAUGCCUAUAUUAUUUGUUCGGUUUACUAUAAUAUAAAAGCUUAUUCCUUUGAGGGGGACAAAUUAGGGUUUAGUUUUAUGUAA